GAUUGGGUGACAUCCGCUUCCUUACUUACAGCCAGCUUCACGCAGUAAUGCACCACUCAGUGAACACUUGAGACGAUGGUGGGCAUUCGUGCUAUUCUGCUCGUGUUCCUCGCACUGGGUGUGGAAGGCGUCCGUACCCUCGCCUCGCCCCAAGACUGUGACGCCUCAUCUGAUGUAGUCGUGCAGGGCGGGAGUGUUGUUCCAGUUUACUAUGAAGUAAUAGCCGGAGCAAAAAAAAUGUCGGCAACCUUGUUCUUGCAGCCUCUCAUUGGCUUUGAGGGAGUUAGUGUUGAGGCGUCCUUUGCAACGGACACAUUAGCUGCCUGGUUCCCCACUGACCAUUGUUGCGCAGAAACACCACAUGACGUCACGUGGAUACCAUUGAAGGUGGAGGUGGAGGUCGUACGGCAUUAUACUCGUAUUCUACCUUUUUAUUACUUGCAGUACAUGAUGGACUUUGGUGGAUGCGUGAAGAAAUGUGAAAAGAAUUGGGAUUUUAAGUUGGAUGUCGUUGGGAAUCUGAAGGUUGUAGCUCAUGGCUCCUCCAGAUGGAAGUGUAGCAGCCCACCAGACGCCUGCCUCACCAGCUGUAGUAACACCACCAUCACCACCUGCCAGGAACCGUCACGCCAGCUCACUGUAAAUUCUUCGUCACUUUCAUUUCCAUGCAAUGCCACACCCUCACCGGCUCCCAAGCCUACACUGACCACCAUCACGCCCACACGGACUGUCACGCCCACAUCCCCCGCCCUGUCUUUCGCAGCAGUGACCACUGAUGACAAGUACCAUACAUCUUUGCCCUCGACACUGAUGGUGACAGUGUCCCAAGUGCUAGUAGUGGUGGACAUCGUGGUAGUUGUAGCAGUGUUAGUGGCGCUGUUUCCUGAGAUGAGACGAAGUGCGUGCCGUGUACUAAGGUUAAGACGUCUGCCGGCACCCCUUCCAUCCCCGUCCCGCCAGCAGCACCAGAGUUCUGUCCACGUCAGCAUGAACUCUUUGUACGAGUCCUUCAGUAGUCCCUCUGAAAGCCGCCACCAGCAGUGAACAUCAGUAUAAGUAUUUUGUACUCCUAAGGGCCUCUACUCAGAAGCGCUCUCUCACCACUACUGUUUUCAAAGGCCACAGUGAUGGUUACUGGAUUCUGAAAUGUUUUUUUUUUUUUGGUGAAUAAUUUAGAAAUCUUGUUAAUAUCUCAUUAGAACAAUAAAAAAAGAUCACUUAAAAACCUGUUUAACUUCAAUUAGAGCAUUUUGAAAGUAGUGCAGGUGACUGCCAUGUCCUUAUGGAUGGACUCUCUCUCUCUCUCUCUCUCUCUCUCUCUCUCUCUCUCUCUCUCUCUCUCUCUCUCUCUCUCUCUCUCUCUCUCUCUCUCUCUCUCUCUCUCUCUCUCUGUCUGUCUGAUAGGUGCAUCCCUUCUGGGAGAGUUCAUGCUUUACUUCACCCAGUAAUUAUUUGAUUAAAAAGACACAUGAGUUAGGACAAAUAGCAUAAUAGUGAGAUAUUUCCAUUCGUAAAGUUGUGGAAGAAAGUAACAUUAUAUUGUUGGUGUUACAUUUGUGACUGCGUCCUGCACUGAGAAGAUUAUAACUUAGGGUGGCAUCAAAUGAACCAACCCUGCAAUGUUCAAGUGUGUGGAAUGCACGCGUAGCACAUAAUGCUUUGUGUAAAUCUAGUGAGUGGAACGCGGUGGUGCAAGAAAACAUGGGAAGACACAGAAGGUACUUUAUUCUCAGACAUUUCGGCCCUGAAGAAGGCAACAACCCAGACGUUAGGUAAUAAAGUAGUACUGCCCCUCAUCCCGUGUUUCCCCCACCACCGCAGUGCACAGCGAUGUGGUUUGUAGACGUAGGGAAGCUACGGAGCGUGGAAUGGGAUUAUGUGAUCUGCCAUGUUUUACAACUCAGUGAUGAAAUGUGUCUUAGAGUAUAAGUAUGUAAUUUUUAGUUUCAUUUAUUGGGUGGUAGACAGACAGCAGUGGAUCUCAACAUUCCCUAAGUUCAUGCACCUCUCCGGGAGCUUUUGAGAAAUUCAUGUACCCCCGCGCCUAGGACGAUUAAGUGCAAGAACUUGCAUGAAUAUUUUACGGUUUUCACAAGUUUUAACACUGAAAACAAUAUAAUUAAAAGUAUUAGUCCUCUCUUUUAAAUAUGAAAUAUAGCUACUUGGUUCUUAUUAAUUGUUCUACAGGUGCGAAAUGUAAAUUAAAAGAAAAUGCCACAUCUGAAAGCUGUGAGGCGCGAGUUGUGUCUGAGUGUAAUAUAUUAACAUACUACAUAAACCUGUACUGCUUUAAUCUCAGUUUGAAUGAAUUUCUUACAUAACGCACGGUUUACUUACUAAAAAAAUAUGUUCCUAUUGUGCAGUGUUGUACACACUAGCCAUGCCAUGUACCCUUCCAUGUACCCCAUUAUUUCCAAGUAUCCUUUGAAAACUUCAUCCACCCUGAGGCGCACCAUGCACCCAGGUUGACUCUCACAGGAUAAAGUGUUUCACAAAUGCCAACAUUUUGGGUUCAUGUUUGAGGCGUGUCCUUGUAUUUUAUCCUUUUUACCUUUCAAUAAUGUUAUCACCAUUACUCUCUCAUUCGUAGUUCUUGAUUUGUGCCUGGUCGUUCCGUGUCAACAAUUGUGAAACACCCUGCACAUUUUAGGAGGCAUGAUUGGCACUAGAUAUGACGUGUGCAUUGAAAUGUUGCUUUUAUUCUUCAGUAAACUGUAAGUCGAGAUGCGUAUGACCACCUUGCUCUUCACUUUACUGUGUGUACUAACUAAUAAUGUGAAAAGGUGUUUAUUGCCUCACAAUUAAGUGUCUUCAUACGUAGGUUCUUCAGUUGUUUCUAUUCUGGCAUAUUAAGUUUUUAGAGGGUAAGGGCAAAUACCUGGUCGUCACCUUCACAAGCAAAGUGGCUGUUAGUUUUGGCGAUUUCUCGACUUUCUUUUCUUUCCUCAGUCAAGUAAUCAUGUGGCGCACCUGCUGGCAUAGUGGUCUGUGUCCUGUCUUGGUGUGACAGCUCUGAAAUUCGCCUUAACUUUGCUCCCUAUUGAUAUGAAACUUUACGAGGCGUGGAAAAAUAUGAAGUUUUCACACACACACACACACACACACACACACACACACACACAUAUAUAUAUUCAUUUUCUUGUUAUUGUUGUUGAGGACCUUAUCUGUUUAUUUAUGAAGGUGAUAUGAUGCUUAAAAAGAAAUAAAUGAUUAAUACCUUAAAUUGUUUUAUUUUUGAACUGGCUGUGGUAGCACUCUCUCUCUCUCUCUCUCUCUCUCUCUCUCUCUCUCUCUCUCUCUCUCUCUCUCUCUCUCUCUCUCUCUCUCUCUCUCUCUCUCUCUCUCUCUCUCUCUCUCUCUCUCUCUGCGCCUGAGUCCCCACCAUCACCCUCGGCGCAUUAAUGUCUACGCUUCACACUUCCCAUGCGGACGCCAACUGAGUCGUGUAAGGGCGGGCGUCUGUGUGGCCGUAGUGCAAGGCGCAAGGCGCGCCUCACGGAGUUGAUGUAACUGAGCAUUCCAUGAGAGAAGAUUUUUUUUUUCUUUUUCUUAUUAAGUGAUAUGUUCCGGUAUUGAUUGCCGUUUAUUUUGUGUAGUGUGUAGUUAAAUCUCUCUCUCUCUCUCUCUCUCUCUCUCUCUCUCUCUCUCUCUCUCUCUCUCUCUCUCUCUCUCUCUCUCUCCACCGAAUCACUGAUCCAUCCUUUCCCUUUCCUGUGUCGCUCAUCUUGGCUGGUGAACCAGGCUGGCCCUGACUCAGCUCACUGCCAAGGCCGUGACGUCACAUUGGCGAGAUGCCAGCCAACGUGUUGAUGCCAGUCCGUGUCUCUCUCUCUCUCUCUCUCUCUCUCUCUCUCUCUCUCUCUCUCUCUCUCUCUCUCUCUCUCUCUCUCUCUCUCUCUGUAGAAAUUUGCCGUGUGUAAUGUUAUAACACUUAUUCACAAACUUGUAAAGAUAAUUGUUGGAAAUAGAAGGGAGAUGGUUGAAUUUGUCCUCACCGUCUUCAUCAUUUUCAUCAUUCACCAUUCGUUCCCACCACUUCCUCUCCAUUUUGCUCUCACUUCAACCCCUUACUGUCAUCUUCAUCCCCUCUACUCUCACUUUCGUCCCUUACUGGCAUCUUCAUUUAUACGUCAUAUGGUUAAUUUUCAUCAUUGGCACUUCCUUGUUCACCUUCCCAUCCAUUCUGUCUUGGCAUAUUAAGGGUGUUCUGCCGGUACUCGCUGCCUCCACACUCAUGCUCCUGCUUUCCCAGAAGAGCAAUAGAUCAGUAGAACACACACACACACACACACACACACACACACACACACACACACACACACACACACACACACACACACACACACACACACACACACACACACACACACACACACACACACACACACUCUAUAU